UAUUAUUAUUAUUGAUGUUUUGUGUAUUUUUAUAACAAAAUUAAUUAAUUAAUCAUAGUGAUAUUAGCAUUUAAGUUUUAAUUUAACAAACAAACAAACAAAAAUCACUCAAACCGCCUUAGCAAUUACAUCAUUUUCGAUUUGACCAAGUGCAAAUAAAAAAAGAACACAAACAAAAUCAAACGCAUGGAUGCAUUUACAAUUUUCACGCUAUUUUUCUGGUUGGCAGUUUUUGUAAUAUUUGGUCCGCUAAUGUAUUUCGUUUGUAUUUAUUUGCCCGAGCUGCCGGUGCGUUAUGUUAAGAGUUUAAGGCGAGGCGGUUUUAUGACGAGUUAUUAAGUUAUUUUUUUUUAUAUUUUUACUAUUAUAAUUAUAAAUAGUUUGUAUUGACUUUUAAGACAUUUGUGUGUUUUUUUACAAUAAAAUGUAUUAUUUAAUACAAAGAAUAUAUUUUGA